AUGGGUAGCAUUCUCGUCAGAACACCUGAACUAUCAAAAGUGAAAGUGUGUAUCUCGCUUUUGUACAGAAGGAUAGGCUAUGUCUCAGAGAUGAAGUUCAUUUGUUUGACUCUCCUACUUUUUAGCGGAAUUACAGAUUCAAGAUCAGAGCAGUUUGAAGUAUUGGGACCUGCAGAUCCUGUAUUUGCCGUCGCUGGUGAAGAUGUUAUUCUGCCCUGUUCAGUCAAACCCAACAUCAGUGUUGUGGACAUGAAAGUGAAGUGGUUUAGACUUGAUCUGAAAGACUCACCACUAGUGCAUCUCUAUGAGGAUCAUGAAGACAGAAACGCAGAUCAGAUUCAGUCCUACAGAGAGAGAACAAAACUGAUCCAUCAAGAACUACAGAGAGGAAACGCAUCACUCAAACUCUCAACGGUCCGAGUCUCUGAUGAAGGUCUUUAUAAGUGUUUUAUUCAGUCUAAAUCCCGGUCUGAUGACGCCACUGUUGAUGUCAGAGUUGAAGCUGUAGGACGUCCUCCAGUGAUCACUGUAGAUGGGUUUGAUGGUUCAGGAGGGCUUCAUCUACAGUGUGAAUCUGAAGGUUGGUAUCCUGAACCUGAUCUGGAGUGGCUGGACAGUGAAGGAGUCAGUUUGAGUUCAGAAACUACAGAGACACACAGAAACACAGACAGAUUCAGUGUCAAACACACCAUCACUGUAUAUGACAGUAACGGCAAGAUUCACUGCAGAGUCAAACUGAGACAUCACAUGCUGGAGUCACUGAUUAACACCACAAAUAGUAUGUUUAUUUCUUGGAGGACGUCAGUCAUCCUGAUUACAGUUAUAGUUGUGCUCGUUGUGAUUGCUGGAAUACUGAUUGCUGUGGUCAUGCAAAGAAACAGAGGACACGAUCAACUACAGGAUGAACGUGAUCAACUUUUACAAAGUCAGAAGAUUAUUAUAACACAAGCUGUCCCACAAUUAAGAAAACACGUGGCAGUGAAAGUGACUCUGGAUGCUGAUUCGGCUCAUCCACAGCUCAUCGUGUCUGAUAAAGAGAUACACGUGGAAUGUGGAAACAGCCGGAACGCAGUGGCUUGGGGAAAACACAGGUUUGAUACAUAUCUUGGUGUUCUCGGGAAGGACGGAUUCUCCAAAAGGAGUUUUUACUUUGAGGUUCAGGUGAAGGGUCAAACCGAGUGGGAUUUAGGAGUGGCCAGAGAAUCCAGUAACAGGAACGGCUGGAUCAAUCCGAGGCCUUAUGCUGGAUACUGGACUGUGAGACGGAGAGAUGAGGAGUAUUUUGCUUGUGAGUAUGCACAUGUCCCUCUUUCUCUGAGAGUGGAUCCUCAGAGGAUCGGUGUGUUUGUGGAUUAUGAGAAGGGUCUCGUCUCCUUUUAUGAAGUGGAGUCCAUGUCUCAUAUCUACUCUUACACCAGUCAGUCUUUUAAGCAGAAACUCUUUCCAUUUGUCUGUUUGGGGUAUGAGAGGGAAUAUAAUUUUAGAAAUGUAAACUCCACACCACUGAUUAUCUGUGAUUAUUAACCCUUGUGCAUCCUUGUGGACAUUUUUGUCCUUUUCAGUUUUGUUUUUUUGAUCACUUUGCCUGU